AUGACCAGAACCUAUGCCACUCGUAGUCGCGCUGUCCAGCGCGCAGCCACUCCCGAAACCUCUGAACUCACUGGUGAGCCUCAGGGAAUCUUCCUUCCCAUUAACCCCGAACGUUCAGUCGUCUCAGACGUCGAACGGGACGAAAGUCCUCCCGCCGAGCCUCGGCGUCGCUCUUACAGUGACGUCAUCGCAAAGCGUGUAGUACCUUCUACGGAAGAGAAUUCUAAUAGUGAAAACAAAUUAGCUCUUGACGAAGAGUCUAGUGUAUUCGUAACAACUCAGCGUGAAUUAAAUCCUGAGCAGGUGAAAACCGUAAAAACUGCCGUUGGCGGCAUGAAUGCAAAAGAACGAGACCUGAUUUCGAGAAGGAAUCAGGCUGUGCGAGAUAAGGCUCGGGCCCAUGAGCCGCUCGCAAACCUUGGAGAAGGCCCCUCCAAGGACAAGGGAAAAGGAAUUGACCCCCGUAACUGGGGGAACCUUGACUUGUCAGAUGAUGAGGAUCUGAACCCAGCUGCACAAGCGAAAGCUUACGGAGCCUUGCAGAAACACCAGCGUGAGGUUGCUACACUCGACAAACAUGCGGGAGGAUCACUCCUCCCACCCGCGGCCAUGAAACCUGCCGAGAACGUAAACGAUGUACUGUUGCGUGAACUCCAGGCCUUGAGAGCUGAAAACUCUAAGCUAAAGGAAGAAAAACUCAGUAAAAGAGCUAAAAAGAAGGCACGGAUCCAACUACCUUUGGCGGAUCCUGUGUCUAUCUCUCGAGGUGUAGCCUUUCAGAUGGCUAUAGGUAAUAGUCGGCAAGCGCCCCAAACCCCGAUACUACCUAGUAAUCAGUUACCUGCUGAAAGCUAUCUUGGACGAGCUUUUGCGGCAGCUAGGCCUGUUGAUCCUAGUGGUAGUAACGAUCCUAGUUUGUCAGAUAACUCAUAA